GAAAUGGAUGCUUUCGGGUUCCAAACUGGGCAAGGUGUACCCGACCCGACCCGACCGGUAAACCCUUUGAAAGUGAAACCUCAUACAUUGACAGCACCACCUUCUUCUUCAACACUCCCCCGCGGAGCUGAGCCCUCAUAUCCGUACGUAAAAUCGACGCAAGUCUUUGAUUCAAUUCCUUAAACCCCAAUUAUCCCCUAAUUCACAAACUACAUCAAUUUUUUUCUUUUAUCUUACCCGAUAGAAUCAUGCCGGACGUGCAUUCCUUCGUGAAUGAGUUCGUAAUCAAGCUCAACAAACGCCAAAUCGAGGGGUCGAAGACGACGGCGAAGCUGACGGCGGAAUUGCUCCGUUCCUUCAUAUCUCAACAGAGGCUGCCGCACAGUAACCAAGCUGGGGCUCUCAUUGACGCCGUCAAGGUGGUCGGGGAGAAACUCAUUGCUGCUAAACCUGUUGAGUUGGCUGUUGGGAAUGUUGUCCGCCGUGUUCUACAUAUCAUACGCGAAGAAGAUCUUUCUCUUACAAAUGCUGCUGUUGGUGGGUUGAGUUUGGCAUCUGAAAGCGAUGAUGAGGACGGCAACGAGGAAUAUGAUCAUCCAGUUCUUUCAGCUACAGCUGUAGCUGCUGCUGCAAGAAAUGCUUUAAGGCCACCUUCAUUGCAGACUCUACUUGAGGACAUACCUCAUUCAGCAGCUGUUCCUCAUACCUCUUCUUCUGGGGGCGACUCUGAAGGAAAAAGCAAAUCUGCUGAUAAAAAUUCAAUGACACGGAAACUGAAACACAAUGUCAUAGAGGCGGUUAAUGAACUGAUUCAAGAAAUUUCCACUUGCCAUGAACAGAUUGCUGAACAAGCAGUGGAACAUAUACAUCAUAAUGAGGUGAUUUUGACGCUUGGCAGUUCACAGACAGUAAAAGAGUUUCUACUUGCUGCAAAAGAAAAAAAGAGGUCAUUCCGUGUAUUUGUUGCCGAAGGUGCUCCAAGAUAUCAGGGGCAUGCUUUUGCAAAAGAACUGGCUGCCAGGGGUUUACAAACUACUGUUAUUACCGAUUCUGCGGUUUUUGCCAUGAUUUCCCGUGUCAAUAUGGUUAUAGUGGGAGCACAUGCAGUCAUGGCUAAUGGUGGUGUUAUAGCUCCUGUGGGGUUGAAUAUGGUUUCCCUAGCGGCUAAAAGGCAUGCCGUUCCUUUUGUUGUACUCGCUGGAGUUCAUAAGUUGUGCCCUCUAUACCCUCACAACCCAGAGGUCCUACUGAAUGAACUAAAGUCUCCAUCUGAGUUGCUGGACUUUGGAGAAUUCUCAGAUUGUUUGGAUUUUGGGAUUGGCAAUGGUUCAUCUCUUAUUCAUGUCGUGAAUCCUGCAUUUGAUUAUGUGCCACCGGAUCUUGUUAGCCUGUUUAUUACCGACACUGGUGGUCACAAUCCUUCAUAUAUAUACCGGCUCAUUGCUGAUUUUUACUCUCCCGACGAUUUAGUAGUGCGACGGAAAUCAGCUUCUUGAAGAUCACCUUUUGCUAACUAUGUUAUGAAACAUGUUGUGGAAUCUAAAACUUAGCAGAUCAGGGGAAGUAUCAAAUUCAAGCAAAGAUGGGAAAAGGGUUGAUCUUGUAGUAGAUUCUUUGACGGAAACAACUGAUUCAAUAGGGGAGGAGUAAAUACCCCUGAGAAUUAAUGGGUCAUGCUUUGCUGUGAUGAAGUGAGUCGCCGAAGACAGAGUGACACGUCGAAGUUUCGCAUAUGUAGGCUCAUUUCUUGAUGGUGUAGUAACACAAGGCGAGGAGCAAAACAUGCCUUCUUACUUGUCUCUGUAACUGAGUGAGUUUAUUUGCGUAUGAACAUCAACAUGCCUUUGCCUUUUUCUUCUUCUGUGAAAAUUUUGGGUGAUUUUGGUCUCCUAUUUUAACAAGAGUUGAAAGCUGAUUUGUUUAAAAA